AUGCCACCACAACUGUUCCAUAGCCAUCAUCCUCUCCUCACCCCCAAAGCAGCACCUCCAAUACAACCACAAAUCUCCCCAAAAUCACGUUUCAAAGGUAGAAUGAAAUUCACCAUAAAGAAUCUCAUCCUACUCCUUGUUUUUGUUUUAUGCGGUGCUUCCCUUCUCAGAUUUCUCAACAUUAGCAUGAUAAGUUAUAAUUCACCUGUAUCGAUAUCCCUUCCUCCUCCAAUCCACGAGCACCAAUGUUCAAUUUGUAGAAAAAACAACAUAACUCACCCGAAAGCUCCUCGUAGCUCUAUUUCUAGAGAUGCAAACAACGGCCUCACUUAUAAGGAGAAAAAAUUCCUCUUGGAAUUACUCUCUCACUUAAUCCCAUGCAACCUGCUUAUUUUUGGGCAAAAACGUCACUACUCAACCAUAUCAUCUCUAAAUGCCGGUGGAUUCACCACCUUCCUCGAGAACAACCCCGAAAAAACGGACACGUUCAGAUCCUCCAACAAUACACGAGUUCACAAUGUAAAGUACAACACAAUGGCAUCAGAAGCUUACCGGCUGCUAAAAGACGCGAGAGCAAAUCCACACUGCCGGCCAAAUUCUGACCAACUGUUAAGAAGAUGCAAUCUGGCAUUGACAAACCUCCCACGAGAAGUUUAUGAUACUAUGUGGGAUUUUGUAGUUGUGGACGGCCCAAGUGGUGAUGGGCCCGAUUCGCCUGGAAGAAUGGGUCCCAUCUACACAGCUGGUGUGCUGGCAAGAAGAAGAAAUAGGACUCGUGUUAUAGUGCACGAUGUUGACCGGAUGAUUGAGAAGUGGUUCUCAUGGGAGUUUUUGUGCGAGGAGAAUUUGGUUUCGGCCAAGGGUAGAUUCUGGCAUUUUCAAGUGGUUAGAGUGACUAAUGCAACCACAUUUUGCACAACAACAUAA